CUUUCUCUCUCUCCUCUCUUUCUCUCUCUCUCUCUCUCCUCUCUUUCUCUCUCUCUCUCUCUCCUCCCUUUCCUUUCGCGACCCCUCAUCGCGAAGAUCCUCCUUUUGCAUGUAAUCGAUCGAACGCGUCACCGGCCCCUCCAAAUUCCCCUUCUCUCUCUUUCCAAGGCGUUCAUGGUGUCUUCGACGAGAUCUCGUCUCUAGAGCGCUUCGAAUUGGCGUCAGGGAAUUCUUAUUAUAUCAAGCGCAAGAAAUUUCACAAUUUACCAGAUAGUUUGAGUAUUGAUCGUGCAAAUCUAUUGGGUGAGUACAGCUGGAAAUUGUUAAUUCAUACAUCAGCCUGAAGAUUAUGGUUGAUUCUGGAUGAACAUUGGUGGAAACUUGAGAGUUUCUUUGCUAUCUUGUGGAGAGUUUAUGUGUAGUUGUGCGUCCCGGUAUUAGAAAUGGGGGCUACAAGUUCUAAACUUGAAGAUGACAAGCCCCUUUUACUAUGCCAGGAAAGAAAGCGCUUCGUUAGAGAAGCUCUUGACCGAAGGUGCUUGCUUGCAGCUGCCCAUUUUGCUUAUAUACAAUCGCUGAGAAACACAGGAACUGCACUUAGGAAAUUUGUGGAGCCCGAAGCCCCCACGGAAUCGUCCUUGUACACAUCAACAUCGGCUACACCUGAUCCUCUCGCCCUGAUCGAAAAAUCCCAAUUCUCGAAUUUAUCUCCAUCUAUUUCUCAGCAUUUGGACACAAGUGAUUCUUUUUCUCCCACUCCCUCACCCCUUUCUUCUGAGCGGUUUCAUGUGAAUCAUAUGAAAGCCAGUAGGAGUUUUUCAACAACUAUAGAAGAAAAACCGACGGUUCCAUUAACAGCAACUAUUAACACCUCGUCCACCACACCAAAGCGCCGCGAACCGGAAUUAGAUGAAAAUUCUUUACCGGAAGAUCCUCCACCGCCUGGUACUCUCCCAUGGGAUUAUUUUAGCCUUUUUCACCCUGUGGACAACCAGUUCUCCUUUCAAGAGGACAGGGAGUUUACUCAUAAUUUGGACAGGGAGUUUACUCAUAAUUUAGAAAAUGUUGAUGAUAUCAGACGUCUUAGAGAAGAAGAGGGGAUUCCUGAGCUAGAAGAGGAAGUAGAGAAAUCUCCAUUAAAUGAAAAGGAUGACUUCUCUGACUCUGAGGAUGAUUUUGACCAUCCAUCAACUGAACCGCUAGUUCGGAUGUUCAAAAACCGAAAUGUGAAUAUGGAUCAACAUAUGACAAAUGGGUCACAUGAUAUUCCUUCUAUAGAAAAUGUUUCUGCAGAAAAUGAGCAGCAAAUUGAGGAAAAGAGUGUGGCUGGCAACGGUAUGUAUGAAGCUGAUAAAGCUCCUGUGAUGACUCCAUCAAAAGUGGUACCGCCUCCUAUUUCCCUUCCAUUAAAUGGCAAGUCGAGAGAAGCUGGUCCAGCAAUGAAACAGGGGAUGGACUUCUUCUUGUGCAUGAAAGAGAUUGAAGGUUUAUUUGUUAAGGCUUCUGAUUCGGGAAGAGAGGUUCCCAGGAUGCUGGAGGCAGACAAAAUUCAGUUCCGCCCUCUAGUCCCUGAAGAAAUUGCACACAGAUCAAAGACAUCUUUUCUUACCUCAUGCUUUGUUUGCUGCACAGAGGAAGCUCCUCAUCCUCAAGCUUCUGCCCCAACUGAGAUAAAAUACCUAACUUGGCAUAGAUCUAUGUCCUCACACUCUUCGUCAUCCAGAAACCCUAUAGGGGUGACAUCGAAAGAUGGUAUGGAGGAUCUCACUGGCAAUCUCUACAGCACCAUAUGCAUGAACUCCGGCAGUCACGCCUCAACAUUAGAUAGGUUGUACGCAUGGGAGAGAAAGCUUUAUGAUGAAGUUAAGGCAAGUGUGGCCAUUCGUAAAGAAUAUGAUACAAAGUGUCGGCUGCUAAGAGAUCAAGAGUCAAGAGCAGAGAGCCUGACAAGGAUUGACAAAACCCGUGCGGCUGUUAAGGACCUGCACUCCAGAAUUCGUGUGGCGAUUCACAGAAUCAAUUCAAUAUCUAAAAUAAUAGAAGAACUAAGGGAUAAUGAGCUCCAACCACAACUGGAAGAGUUGAUUGGAAGUUUAACCCGAAUGUGGGCGGUGAUGCUCGAUUGCCACAAGCAUCAGUACAACAUCAUCUCAGUAGCUUACAACAACGGAAGCACCAAAGUCUCACUUCGGUCGGAAUCCCUUCACCAGGCCGUGACUGUUUUAGAAUUUGAGCUGAACACUUUGUGCUCAAACUUCAUAAAGUGGAUCUCGUCACAGAAAUCAUACCUCACAAGUAUAAAUUGCUGGCUUCUAAAGUGUGUUUUCCCACUGACUCAACCCAAGUCAAAGAGAAAGAACGUUCUAUUCUCUCCGCGAAAGUCCAUAGCUCCACCCAUUUUUGUCACCUGCAGAGAUUGGUUAAGUCUGUUGGACAACUUGCCUGCCAAGGAAGUCACGGAUGCUCUGAAAGAGCUAGCAACAGUGGUUGCCCAUUUCUUGCCUCACCAAGAGAAGGGCCGAGGAAGUUCAAAUGUCUCGAUGUCGUUUUAUCGUAAAGGAGGACAAAUUGAUAACUCGGGAGCAGAUAUGCAUAGAAAUGAACCCCCAAUUAAUUGGAACCACAACUACGACAAUUUGCGAACAAGUCUGACGGACUUCCUAGAUCGUCUCAAGACUUUUUCUGAGUGUUCGUUGGAGCAAUAUGAAGCUCUCCAGAAGUCUAUCGACAGCGCUCGGACGGCUUACGAGAAUGGUGGGUAUAGACCAUAAUCGCAGUUUAUUCAGUAUCCUUAAAAUCUCCGAAGAAGAAUUAAGUCGUCGGAAUAAUUUGGGAUCAACCAAACUCAGCGGUGUAAGCGCGGGAGGGUACUCGGGCUGUAAAUCUAUUUGUUGUAAUAAAGGGGCUGCGAUGUGGUCGGUUUUGUAAAAUUUAGAAUAAACAUGCUAGGAAGGUGAUAACUAGCUUUUGAGAAAUAUCGUAGUCGAGUUACGCAGAUGCAGGUAAGUGUAGAUGUGCUUUUGUAAGCUGAUUUGUAGGCUGAAUUAAUCAGUUGGGCUGGUAAUAAGAUGGUAUUCCCUGUAAUUUGUUAGGGUUGUAGACAAAUUUAUUUUGUGCAGAACUUUGAUAUAGUAAAGUUGUCAGUCAUAUGUCCAUUAUUUUUUUUCUUUAA